GAAAGAAAGAGAGAGAGAGAGAGAGAGAGAGAGAAAGAAAGAAAGAAAGAAAGAAAGAAGAAAGAAAAGGAGCAUCCAUCACCCCCAGUUUCUUUGUGCCAGUCCCUUCCUUACCAUGCCUUCUCGUCCCUUCACCAGGCCGCAAAUGAUCUGUGUUCUGUCCCGUCCUCCCCGACACCCUAGUGUUUUGUCCAGUGUCUGGCAUGACAUGGUCGCACAAAACGGAAGCGCAUCACAUCUGUGUCGAAUUAAAUGACUUCUCUCCUCUGGAUAUAGAUCUGGGAAUCUCAAGCUCUCAGCCCGGGACUGUCAGGACCCCCCUAAAGGCCACAGGCUGUGAUCUGCACCCCCAGCCCAGCACUGCGCUCACCUCCCCUCUUCUCAACCUGACGGGCUCGUGGGGUGGGGGACCCCAGGGGACCCCGGAGCCGGACGGGCAGGGAGCCUGGAACCGGAGACUGACGGCGGCAAAUCACAGUGUUAAUGUACCGGGGUGAAGCUCUAGAAGAUUUCACAGGCCCGGACUGUCGUUUUGUGAGUUUUAAAAAAGGUGACCCUGUGUAUGUCUACUAUAAACUGGCAGGGAGAGGGCCUGAAGUUUGGGCUGGAAGCGUUGGGCGUAUUUUUGGAUAUUUUCCAAAGGAUUUAAUCCAGGUAAUCCACGAAUAUACCAAAGAAGAGCUACAAGUUCCAACAGAUGAAACAGAUUUUGUGUGUUUUGAUGGAGGAAGGGACGAUUUCGAUAAUUAUAACGUAGAAGAACUCUUGGGGUUUUUGGAACUGUACGAUUCUGCCGCUGGGGAUUCUGCGAAAGCCGCAGAAGAGACCGAAGGUGUGGAACAACCUCCCGGAGGAUCUGAGGAAAGCGGGGCUGAGCCGGGGGCAGCCGAGCCAGCGGGAAGCGAAGGUGUGUCCUCAGGGAACACCGAGGGCCUGGAGGAAGCGUUCCUGGCCCAGGAGAACCGCGCCCAGGCGGGCAGCCAAGCGGGAGCCGCGCGGGGAGGGCAGCCUCCGCCGGAGCCUGUUGACCAGACGCUGCAGGGGAGACUAACAGGGGCAGAAAGUGAAAACAGAAGCGGCAGCGGCUCUCCCGUCUCAGCUGAGCAGGGGAAGACGGACGCGUACAAGCUUCUGAAAACAGAAAUGACUCUAGACUUGAAAACCAAGUUCGGCUCCACCGCCGACGUGCUGGUGUCGGACGAGGAGACGACCAGCCUGGUGACUUCUCUAGAAGACGAUUUCGACGAGGACUUGGACGCCGCGUACUACGCGGUCGAGGAGGAGGAGGAGGAGAACCAGGAGGACCUUGAGCAGCUGCCGCUGCUGAGCUUCGUGAGCGGAGGAGACUCGGGAAGGCCAGCGAGGCCGGGAGCUGAGAAAUACUCCCCCGACAACGAGGAGCGGAAUGCAAACGAAAAGGACGAGCUUGAGGGACUCGUGCCCCCGGGCGUCAAAAGUGAUGAUGCAAAUAUUCUAACAACCUGGGGGGACACGAUCUUUUCCAUUGUCACAGGAGGGGAAGAAAAGACAGGUGUGGUGGAUUCGGAGAGUUCCGAUUCGGAGGAAGAAAAGGAGGACGAGGACGCGUCAGUCCCAGGCAGCAGACGGGACAAACCACCAGUGACGGCAGACCACGCUGACCCUGACGGUGCAGACGACGGUCUUUUGACUGUAGACGUCCCCAAAACAAAUAGUGACAGAGACCCAGAAGCGGACACCGAACUUCACAGUGAAGGAAAAGGGAGGAAAGUUCAGGAACCUGAGUGGAGCCCGGGACAAGACGAGACAGAAUUAGAGGACGAGAAGCGGGACGGGGUGGCCGUGCACGGUUCCACUCAAAGCAGCGACCGCGACGCUUUGCCAGCUGCCGACGAGGGUGGAGACACAGCACCGUCAGCCUUCGGGGACAAAGACGACAACCCAGAAGUAGCAGCUAUUCACAUCUCAAAGGAAACGCACCCCGAAGACAAGCCCGCAGAGCAGACGCUGGAAGUGGGGUCGGGGGGUGGCCCUGUCCGCAGAGCCGAGGGGAACCAGACGGGCUCGGAGAAGAUGACACCGGCGCACCUGGGUCCCGCAGCGCCCGCCGGGGACACACGGCCCGACACACCCGGAAACGCGGUGCGGGAAGCAGGCGCUUUGCCAGGGGGACCGAAGCCGCACAGGCUCUCCGUCGAGCCUCCCCGGGAGGCAUCUGGAGAGGACCUGGCUCGCCAGACUCACAGCCAGCCGCGCUCGGCCAACCCGGGCAACACCGGUUCCCCAGGAGACCUGGAAGGAGAAGUUCCCGUGCCGGGGACAAAUCUCUCCUGGCCACAAGAAGGGGCCGUGUCUGCUGUCGUCCCCGAGCCCUCGAGCGCGACCACGAGGCCAUCCGAGGACGAGGGCAGGGAGGACCCGGCAGAGGAAGAGUUUGCGGGUCACAAGGCAGCGCGGGGCACGCAGGAACCAGGAGGAGCAGUGGCAGGAGCGGGUGUCGCUCCCGAAGCCCCCGCAGCAGAGGAGGAGGACGACGACCUCCCCGAGGAGCUGCUGGAGGACGAAAACGCCGCGAGCGCAAAGCAGGCGAAAGAGAGCGGCCCUGGGGGCCGGGCCGGGCAGGCGGACGGUCACCUGCAGAUCCCCGAAAGCGCCGUUGUGGGGACCACCAGUCCUGAUGCAGAAGACGAAGAAAGCAGACGAGAAGCCAGUGUGGCGGGCAGCGGAAGAAAGAGUGAAACUGCAGCCGCCGGGGUCGGCACAGCGGGCGGGGGACCAGCGAGUGUGGCCGGAGAAAAGGAGGGUCGCCCUCUGCCAGACGAGAAAGCACAGAGACCGCCUGAAGCGAGUGACUUUCCCGACCAGAGAAAGACUCAGACUCCAGAGUUGGGCGAUGCGUCUCGGAACAAAGAUUCUGAUGACCCGAAAAAGGACAACUCCAGGGAUCCCAUGGAGACCUCGGGGCUGGCCGAGAAGCCGGGCGGAGAAGAGCUCUCGGGAGAGGACCGUGAGGACGCAGAGAAAUCUGUGGACACAGAGAGCCGGGGCUCUGCUUCUGGGGAGCCUGAAGAUGACCCGUCCCUCUGGACCCCACAGACGACGGCAGAGCCAGCACCGGGUGACAAGAGGGACGACCUGCCCAUAAUCAGCAGCUUCUUUCGAGAGCAGCAGUCUCUGCAGCGGUUCCAGAAGUACUUCGACGCCCACGAGCUGGAACUCCUGCUCCAAGAAAUGUCCUUCAAGCUGAAGUCAGCGCAGCGGGACAGCCUGCCCUACAACGUGGAGAAAGUCCUCGAUAAGGUCUUCCGGGCCUCCGAGUCUCACAUCCUGGGUGUGGCGGAGAAAAUGCUAGAUGCUCGUGUGGCCCGGAAUCGAGACGAGGGGAUGCAGGACAGCAACGUGUUUGAAGAGUCUGCAGCGCUCGACGACAUCCAAGACCUGGUCUAUUUUGUCAGGUACAGGCACUCGGCGGAGGAGGAGGCGGCCCCGCUGGCGAUGGCAGGCUGGGGCGAGACGGUGGCAGAGAUGCAACCACCCCAUGAAGAUCAUUUCUCACCAGAGAACAUGGAAGAACUUAAUAUGCGGAUUGUUGAAGAGCCCACCCAGUUGGACCAGCCCGUGACAAGGGACACAGGAGCCUCCGAAGUGUCACAGCAGUUGAAUACUGAGAAAGAUUUAGACCCAGGGCUAAUGCCAACAGCAGGUGCUCCCGUUGAUGCUGUUGAUGCGAAAAAGCAACCAGAGAUAAACGCCGAAGAGCCAGCCAGCGUCACGCCUUUGGAAAAUGCAAUCCUUCUAAUAUAUUCAUUCAUGUUUUAUUUAAGUAAGACGAUAGUUGCUACGUUGCCUGAUGAUGUUCAGCCUGGGCCUGAUUUUUAUGGGCUGCCAUGGAAACCUGUACUUAUCACUGCCUUCUUGGGAAUUGUUUCAUUUGCUGUUUUCUUCUGGAGAACUAUCCUUGUUGUAAAGAAUAGAGUAUAUCAAGUCACUGAACAGCAAAUUUCUGAGAAGUUGAAGACUAUCAUGAAAGAAAAUGCAGAACUUGUUCAAAAAUUGUCAAAUUAUGAGCAGAAGAUCAAGGAAUCAAAGAAACAUGUUCAAGAAGCCAAGAAACAAAAUAUGAUUCUCUCUGAUGAAGCAAUUAAAUUUAAGGAUAAAAUCAAGAGACUUGAAGAAACGAAUGAAUCUCUGGAUGACACAGCUAAAAAUCUUCGUGUUAUGUUAGAAUCUGAGAGAGAACAGAAUGUCAAGAAUCAGGACUUGAUACUGGAAAACAAGAAAUCUAUAGAGAAGUUAAAGGACGUUAUUUCAAUGAAUGCCUCAGAAUUUUCAGAGGUUCAAAUUGCACUUAACGAAGCUAAGCUUAGUGAAGAGAAGGUGAAAUCUGAAUGCCAUCGGGUUCAAGAAGAAAACACCAGGCUUAAGAAGAAGAAAGAGCAGUUGCAGCAGGAAAUCGAAGACUGGAGUAAAUCACAUGCUGAGCUCAGUGAGCAAAUCAAAUCAUUUGAGAAGUCUCAGAAGGAUUUGGAAGGAGCUCUCACUCACAAAGAUGAUAAUAUUAAUGCUUUGACUAAUUGUAUUACACAGUUGAAUCGGUUAGAGUGUGAAUGUGAAUCUGAAUCGGAGGGUCAGAAUAAAGGAGCAAAUGAGUCAGAUGAAUUAGCAAACGGAGAAUUGGGAGGUGACCGGAAUGAGAAGAUGAAAAAUCAAAUUAAGCAGAUGAUGGAUGUCUCUUGGACACAAACUGCAGUUUCAGUGGUUGAAGAGGAUCUAAAACUUUUACAAUCUAAGCUAAGAGCCUCGAUGUCCACUAAAUGUGACCUGGAAGACCAGAUAAAGACGUUAGAAGACAACCGCGAUUCCCUGCAGUCUGCUAAAGCCAGACUGGAAGACGAAUGCAAAACCUUGAGGCAGAAAGUGGAGAUUCUGAACGAACUCUAUCAGCAGAAGGAGAUGGCUCUGCAAAAGAAACUGAGUCAGGAAGAGUACGAGCGACAGGAGCGAGAGCAGAGGCUGUCGGCUGCAGAUGAAAAGGCGGUUUUGGCUGCAGAAGAAGUGAAAACUUACAAGCGGAGAAUUGAAGAAAUGGAGGAUGAAUUACAGAAAACAGAGCGCUCCUUUAAAACCCAGAUUGCUACUCAUGAGAAGAAAGCUCAUGAUAACUGGCUCAAAGCUCGUGCUGCAGAAAGAGCCAUCGCUGAAGAGAAAAGGGAAGCGGCCAACCUGAGACACAAAAUACUGGAAUUAACGCAAAAAAUCGCAAUGCUGCAAGAAGAACCUGUGAUCGUAAAACCAAUGCCAGGAAGACCAAACACACAAAACCCUCCAAGGAGAGGUGCCCUGAGCCAGAACGGCUCCUUCGGCCCGUCCCCCGUGAGCGGGGGCGACUGCUCCCCUCCCCUGAUGGCAGAGCCACCCGUGAGGCCGCUGUCCGCCACUCUCAGCCGAAGAGAGAUGCCCAGGAGUGAAUUUGGGUCAGUGGAUGGGCCUGUGCCUCGUGCUCGGUGGUCGUCAGAGGUGCCUGGGAAGCCGCCUGCCUCCGAUCCAGGGGCUGGGACAGCGGCCACGAUGAACAGCAGCUCCAGAAACUCUUCCCCCACUAAGGCGAUGGACGAGGGCCAGGUUCAUGUGGCUGCAAAAGGGCCCCCUCCCUACCCAGGGGUGCCUCUCACGAGCUCCCCGGUGGGAGGCCCCCUCCCGCCGCCCAUCCGGUACGGACCCCCUCCUCAGCUCUGCGGGCCGUUCGGGCCUCGGCCCCUCCCUCCUCCAUUCGGCCCAGCCCUGCGUCCACCACUCGGCUUGAGGGAGUACGCGCCCGGCGUCCCACCCGGAAAACGGGACCUGCCGCUUGACCCGCGGGAAUUCCUGCCAGGACACACACCGUUCAGGCCUUUAGGCUCUCUUGGCCCAAGAGAGUACUUCAUUCCGGGUCCCCGACUGCCACCCCCCAGCCACGGCCCCCCAGACUACCCAGCACCACCCGCUGCCAGAGACUUGCCGCCGUCGGGCUCCAGGGACGAGCCCCCGCCUGCCUCGCGGAGCAGCGACCAGGACUGUCCCCAGGCUUUGAAGCAGACCCCGUGACCGACCGCGACUGCGACACGCAGACUGCACUCGCUGCUCAUCACAGUAAGGGGGUUCCUUGGCUUCAGAAUCCAGAAGUUUAUUUUAAAAGGUUUGUUUUUAGAACUAAGCUGCCUUGGCAGUGUGCAUUUUUGAGCCAAAUAAUGAAAAAAUAUCAUUUUCCCCUUAAAUGGAAAUCACCUCUUAAGCUAGUACGUCCUUACACCUUUGAAACGUGCAAUAAAGAAUACCUGUGUUUUAGCUAAGCCUAUGUAAUUGCUAAGUAAUGCAGAAUGUCCUGGAAAGUACGAACAUUUCCUGUGGAAAUGCUGUAAGAACAUGUAUUUCCAUUAUCCUAUUUUUGUGUACACCAGUUGAAUACAGAGCAAUGGUGUUUAUAAGCUUGAUUUUCUUUUUAAAUAUCUAGUCGCAAAGACUGUUACGAUGAACAUGUUUACUGAAAGAUCACUAAACUUUAUCUCCCCUCUUGCUGAAAUUCUUUGUAGUAAUAGUUCAUAAAAAUUUAUUGCUAUUU